CGGGCACCCAAAGAGACUGUAUUUUUUCGGUUGCGUGAGAUUUGCCACCGACCGUGCAUUAUGUGAAUCGCGAUAAGUUUUUAUUUACGUCUGGCGUUGGUUAUUUGGACCGUCCCGUGUGCAGUUGGGUACCGAACGUUGAGCCCCGUGCACCGCCUCAAGAAGCACCGUCGUCGAGAUAACGGAACGAAACAACCGUGGGUACCACCGACACUUAUCAGCGGAUAGAUAAUGUCCCAUUUAGUAUUAUCGUUGGUUGCAAACGAUACGCACAACAUUAGCACGUCGGGCGUAUACGGGAGACGGACGUGAUGCACCCCAUCGGACCGGAGCAUGAACAUGUUGGAGAGGGUGGCUCGGCGGGCGUUUAGUGGUUCCAGUGGCACGUACAAUGUUCAUGCUUUAGAGCUGGCGGCCGCACGAGAUAGAAAAACGAAGGGUCUCAUUGUGACCGUCCACUUCCUGGACAACAGCCACCAUGAGUUCACCAUGCAGAAGCGCGCCAAGGGGGCCGAGCUACUCGACCUCACCUACAAGCAUCUCGAACUCGUUGAGAAGGACUAUUUUGGUUUGCAGUUUUUUGUUGAUAUCAGCCAAAAGAAGGAGUAUAUGCGAUGGUUGGACCCUUCGAAGUCGGUGAAGAAACAGCUCGCAAACUGCCAAUCGCCCCUGUAUUUCCGUGUUAAGUUUUACGUGUCGGAUCCGAGCAAACUUCUCGAAGAGUACACAAGAUAUUAUUUUUUCCUGCAGCUGCGACGCGACAUUUUAGAACAAAGGCUCGUUUUACCAAUCAGUAGGGCGAUACUCUUUUCCGGUUACAUUGCCCAAGCUGAGUUGGGUGAUUUUCAACCGGGCGAUCACGAGCCGGGUUACUUGUCAAAGUUACAACUGGUGCCUGACCAAACUGAGGACCUGGAAAGGAAAAUCAGCGAGUUUCACAAGGAGCUGAGAGGUUUGACGCCGGCCGAUUGUGAAUUCCAGUUCCUCGAUCACGCUAAAAAACUCGAAAUGUACGGUGUUGAACUACACAAAGCGAAAGAUAGUUCGGGAAAAGAUAUACAGUUAGGCGUCACGCAUUUGGGUCUGUUAGUUUUUCAGAAUGGCAUCAAAAUCAACACGUUUUCCUGGUCGAAAAUCAUGAAGAUUUCGUUUAAACGCAAAGAGUUCUUUAUAAGGCUCAUUCGAGAACCUUCCGAAAACUACGACACAAUCCUGAUCUUCAACAUGGACACAUACAGAUCGUCGAAAACGUUAUGGAAAGCUUGCGUCGAACACCACACCUUCUUCCGCCUCCAUUCACCAAAAGCCAAACGAAAAUUCCCCCUAACUUUGGGUUCGAAAUUCUCCUACUCGGGCCGUACUGAAUUUCAAACGGUCACAGACGUAAAACAGCGCGGCAAAACUGAAAGAAAGUUUGUGCGAUCACCCAGCAAACAGCUAGUGAGACAAACCGUGCCUGCACCCGCUCUAGAAGAGAAGGGAAAAGUUCUGGUGGCACCGGCAAGACCACCGAGACCUUACGACAAUAAAGUCACAGUUUUGGGCACCAAAGAGCCGAAAAAGGCUUGGACAGAAGAAUCCAGAUUGUCCGACGAGGUAGGCGUCAGACGCAAACUGUCAAGCAUUAAAAACAUAUAUUUGAGACGUCCGAAACAUGGACCUGAUGGUAGUUUCUUGGAGAGAACGCUUGAAGGGCCAUUUUCGCCUGGUAUUGCGGGGAGAGUUAUGAGUUACGCAGACGAGGAACCUUCUCCCACAACCCCUAACGAAAUUUACGACACGCCACCUGACAGCGCGGGUCACUCGCCCUGUCAGAGCGUCGACGGGGUAGGAGGGAUAGUUACUAUAGUUCUGUUUCCGGACCAGGGUCAAAAGUACGGCUUCAACGUCACCGGUGGUACAACGAGAAACGUGCCGAUAAAGGUUUCACGUGUGGCCGCCGACACACCAGCCGACAAAUGCACCCCGAAACUCUCCGAAGGUGACGUCGUGCUCAAAAUUAACUCGCAUGAUGUGACACACGCCCUCCACGAGGAAGUCGUUGCUUUGAUACACGAGGCGCGAAACUCGAAUGAUGGCAAAUUGGUUUUGCAAUUGAAGCAGAGUGCGCCGUUCCGAUUGGACUUUGCCGAGCCGUUGAUUUGUUACGUUCCGGAUGACGUGAACGUCAGCCCGUCCUCGCCCAGUGAUGCUCUGCAGAUGAGCGUGAUGUUGUUGGCCGACGGUUUGGCCAGUGGACAAUUAGUCACGCAGUACGAGAUGCUAUACAGGAAACAUCCCGAGUUGACCUGCGACGAGUCGGCGAAACCCAAGAACGUUAACAAAAAUCGAUAUAGAGACAUAUCACCUUAUGACAGCACAAGGGUUGUGUUAAAAAACGCUGCGAGUGGCGAUUAUAUAAAUGCAAACUUUGUUAACAUGCACAUCCCGCAUACAGAUAUCGUAAAUCGGUACAUCGCGACACAAGGACCUUUGCCAACAACAACUGAAGACUUUUGGCAAAUGAUUCUGGAGAACGACUGUAGUUUGAUCGUCAUGCUUACCACCCUCGUCGAACGGGGUCGACCAAAGUGCCAUCAAUAUUGGCCAGGUGUCGAGGAAGUUCUGACGAUGCAAAACGUUACAGUUAAAGGCGAAAGCGAAGAAGACGAUCCUUCCGGCAGUUUUGUAUUUCGAGACUUCACACUUCACGACAUUAAAACGAACACCGACAGGAAAAUAAAACAUAUGCAAUACACCGCGUGGCCUGAUCACGGAGUGCCUGAUUCGCCUACUCAAUUCUUAAUUUUUACAGAUAAAGUGAUGGAGUGCAGGGGUGAGGACGUGAACAGUCCCAUAAUCGUACAUUGCAGCGCGGGCAUCGGACGUACCGGCGUGCUGGUGCUCAUGGAAACGGCUCUAUGUCUGAUCGCGAACGAGGAGCCCGUUUAUCCGUUGGAGAUUGUUAAAACUAUGAGGGAACAACGUGCUAUGAUGAUCCAAAAUGCUAGUCAAUAUAGGUUUGUAUGCGAGUGUGUCCAUGCGGCAUACAUGACGAGGAGCAAGCGACAUUCGAGGGAGGUGAAAGAAAAUGGUGAACAGGAGGAUGAUGUAAAAAGCGACUAGCUUUAGCCAAAUUCGGAAAUGUUGCCAUGACAUUUUCGCCGACUGAGAACAUGCUAAUUCCGUCAAGCGAAAUACAAUGUGAUUUACUUAGCCUUAAUAACUAAAUUAAACACCGAGGAAGCCUUAAAACGAUGCGUACUUCGGGAACGAAACUGAAGAAUUCGGGAGGCGAGCCAUAGUAGUUAAAAUUUAAUACUCAAUAUGUAAUUGUAGUUUUUCUAUGGAGGUUUUUUUUUUCGAGAAUUCGUCCACAUGCCAUGAAUCGUCCAAUUUAAACUG